AUGAUAGAUACUCAUCAAGAAAAUGGUGAAAUUGAUGAUGAAAGAAAGACCUUUGAUAUUCCUUUAGAGGUAUUAGAUAAAUACUUUGGGCCUCAAAAUCUAUUUAUAACAAGCAUGCAAAAAUCAGAGUCUAAUUUGUUAAUUGAGUUUAAUAGACAAUUGAAGGAUACUUACUUUUCUAUCUUCCACGAAGGAGAUGAAAGUUUUCCUAAGUACAUGCUUCAGAUACCAGUCUUAAGAGAUAUGAUGACUGUUUUGGAGGAAGAUUUGUCUAAGUUUAAGUUCACCAAGGUAUUUGAGUUUGAGUCAUUUAUUGAUACAGUGAUAUUAUUCGCAAUGUAAAGCUUAAAGGAAUUUAACAGGGCCAAGAAAUAGGCUUAUGUUACAAUGAGAUCCAGAAUCAAGGAUCUAAGUUUGCAGAGCAUUCAACGGAAUAUAGAAUUUCUUACUAAAGAUGAGAGAAUGGCCUUUAUUAUGAGGAAUGAAGACAAUCUUGGGAGAAUCAUUGAGGAAAUAGUAGAGUUUGAUAUUAAAAAAGAUGAUAGUGAAGCCAUCCUUAAUUUUUCAUUAGACUUAUGUUAGUUCAUCAAGAUUCAGCACAGAAAGCGAUCGAUCUAGUUAUUGAUGAAUUAAAUCUCAAAUGUUUUCAAGACAGCAUUUAACGAAUGUUUGGAGCCAUUUAGAGACUUAAUGCACUAUAUGAGUUAGAGCAACCUUAAAAUCCUAGAGGAUUUGCAUUAGCAAAUCCAAGAAGAUAAAAUAGAAGAGCAGGAUAUAUUUGAGAAGCAGAUGAAUAUGUUUUUCAGUUAGCUCUCUAACUAAAUUUCAAAAUUUAUCUGGGUCAACCGAACAAUAAUGACUAAACUCAAGAAAUUACUAAUGGAAAAUGCUGUGGCUAGUAUAAUGGAAGAUAUUGAAAGACUACCGGACACUGAUAGAGAUUAAUUCAUGAUGAAUCACCAAGAGAUGUUAGAAAAGGCUAUGGCUGAUGGUGAUUACAUUGAUUUCAAAGUAUUUGAUAUCGAUUUAUUGCUUGAAAAGCAAAGAGAGCUUGUUAAAAACCUUUAAUUAAGAGAUAAUGUUUGGUUUAUACAUUUUAGAGAUUGA